UUCCACCGUCCGGUGGCCAGCCCACGCCGGAUCUCAAAUUAGCAAGACAUUAGCGAUGGCGACCACAAAGCAAUCGAAAGUAGUCAAGGUUGAGCCAUUGGAUCACAAAGAUGCCAAAUGGGCAACCCUCGUCAAGAUUACCUACACAGACCCAGAAGGCGUCGAGCGCACAUGGGAGUCGGGCGAGCGUCUCACCCGCCCUGAAGGCGCAGACAUCGACGGUGUAGGCAUCCUAGCAGUACUUCAAGAUCCGAGCAAGCCAGACGAUUCUCCGCGGAUCCUCCUGCAGAAGCAAUGGCGACCUCCCGUCGAUGCGAUCGUCAUCGAAGUACCGGCUGGGCUCAUCGAUCCCAAUGAGACUGCCGAGGUGUGCGCAGUGCGAGAGCUCAAGGAGGAGACGGGCUACGUUGGUAAGGUAAUGGGAGGAGAUUUCGGCGUCAGCCCUAUCAUGUGCAACGAUCCGGGAUUCUGCAAUACGAACUUGCGCAUGAUUCAUGUCACCGUCGAUCUCUCGCUUCCAGAGAACCAGAACCCCCAGCCGUCGCUCGAAGACAACGAGUUCAUCGAGACCUUCUCGGUCCCUCUAAGAGAUCUGUGGGAUGAGUGUAAGAAGUUUGAGAAGGAAGGGUAUGCAAUCGAUGCACGGGUGGGCACGCUGGCCGAGGGUGUAGAGUGCGCUAAGCGAUGGAAGUUAUGAAGAUUUUCAUAGUGCAAGCGCAAGGUUGGACUUCAGCUUUACGAAGACUAAGCUGUCCCAACACGGACAAAGUUCAAUCCACCACCAGCCUUGAUCGUUGUCCAUGAUUUCAACGUGGACCCGGCAAAGUGGAGUUGGAACUACUCCAAACCUUCCACGUCUUUGUGAGGGCUAGAACAUAGGACUCGCACGGCCACUACUGUGCUUCUGCCGUGCUCUUGUUGAUCGUGUGCAUAAUCCAAUGUACUCAACUGAGC